UUCAACCAGAACAGAACAAUCAAAGAUGACAACAAACUCAUCAUCAUCAGAUUCAGAUUCAGAACCAGAGCAUAAUAAGAAGAACGAGAUCUGUUACGACUCAGAACCAGAACGAAUCAAAUACUUCAACGAAAACAAAAACAAAAACAAAAGCCAACAAACAACAGAAACAACAACAACAGAAACAACAGCAACAACAGCAACAGAAACUCAACCAACUCAUGGUAAUCACGAACAACCUCAAACAAUCAUCAGCAGUAACAGUGAUACCGAUUCGAUCGAAAUCCAACCAGUCAAUCGACUCACUAAUCUCAUCUCCAAGUUCCGUCAUCAGCCCACACCCAAACAAUCAUCAUCAAGUCACAACAGCCGAAAAUCAUCAUCUUCAUUAUCAUCAGUUAGUAGCCACAAGAGAAGGAGCACCAAGCCAGCAGCAGCAGAACAGGAUCAAGAACCACCACUCUCGAUCGACUACUCCACCCUACUCCGUCUCAAUCGAUGUCCGGCGUGUGAUAACCCUUGGUUGACUUACAAAGCCCCCAGGUCCAAACUUAAUCACAUCCAACGAUGCGCCCGUCAGGAACUCAUCCCUCCCCGUCACCUCACCCUUCGCAUCGAAAACUUACUCCAAGAUCAGGAUAUUAAUAAAGGCUUGAUCGAUCGUCAUGCGACUCAUCAGAACCUGCAAACCUCUGACCUUCAAAACUCAGGACAACCAAUCCAGAGCGCGAUUGUUGUACCUAGAACAUCAUCUACUUCUACCUCUGCUUCGAUUCACAAUCUGGAGAAGAGUUCACCAUCACCACCACCACCACCAUCAUCAUCAUCAAAAUUAACACCGAAAUCAGAGGUAUUCCGUUCCUCAACCCUCAAAGUUCUCCACCAACAAACGCUCGAUCGGAAUGCUCAAAUCAACACUAAGAAUGAUCAGAGAUCGUACUCUCUCUGGGAACUGGCUAGUGGGGAUGAUGACUAUCCAUAUGACCGCUCAAGCGCUCCCUCUUCCCCUAGAAGUCAACGACGCGUCAAUACAGAUCGGCGAAGACGUACUUCCGAUAAAGGAAAGAAGAAGCUCGAAGAUCUCUCGUUAUCAUCAUCAUCAUCAGAGGAUGAUGAUUUCGAUCGACUAAACAACUCAGACCUAUUCGACCAUGAAGAAGAACAAGGGUAUAUAGAGAUGCCACGCUACGAACAAUGGACUCGGUCUCAACUCGAGAACGAAAGCGAACGAUUGGGUUAUUCGGACGGACCUGAGCUCUCGACAUCCGCUUUGGUCAGUCGUGCUCAGACGGCUUGGACUCACCAGAUGGCCUAUCCCCCUCAUAAGAUGGAGCCCGUUGCCCAGGAAUUCAAUACCGGCCGCAGCGACUUGAUGGGUCUUCGAGACGGGUCCAAUUCGAUCGGCUCGCAUCCUGUCGAUCGGGAAGAUGAUGAUGUGGAUGAUGAAGGUGGGGAACAGGUCGGAGGACUGGACGAGCAAGCUGAUCUGGAUCCUUAUUAUCAAGAGCUUGAGUGGGAGAAUAACCUGUUGAACCCUCAGGAUCACGAGUUGUUUGUCGAGUCGGAAUCGGUGAUCAAUCCGAAUCCUCCGGUCCGUCCGUUCUUUGAAAGCUUCUCCAAAGCCAAGUUGGAGCUCGAAUACGAGAAAUUAGUCGCCCAGAUCCAGAAAGCCCUCGAUCUCUCAACUGCUUCGUCCUCUCCUCUUCAGCCACUCACCGAUCUCCCUGCGGAUCUCGAUAAAAUCCCGAAAACUAAACCCGCCCUUGUCAAGAAACUCUUGCGACUUUGGGAUGCUCUUUACUCUCCCGCUCAUCCUUCUCCUUCUGAUGAUCUUGUGCUUCAUUCUUCCGGCUCGGUUCCUCAGCCUUUUAACUCUUCUGUGACUAUUCGUAAGGAAAAACUCGACCUUGUCGGGUUGAAUCAGCGUAUGAUUCUUCUCUUUCAUUCGCUUGAUCCUCAGCUCUAUUGUAGGAUCUUGAGGUUCGAGGUUGGUCUCUUUCUCUUUUUCCCUUCCAUUCUAUACGCUGUUUUCUAA